CGCACUAACAUAACACUACAGCCAGUAACGUCGGCAAUAGAAAUGGAUGCCUUAAAUGCGAUAAAAAGUUAUCAUUUGAACUUAUAAAAACAGAAAACGGCACACGUGUAUCGUCCAUCGUUUUGUACAUAAAUGGAGAAAUGUAUUACUCCAUUGCGAAGUUCCACAACCAUGGCGGAAACUAACGUUACAGGUUCAGCGAAGGAAGAACAAUUGUACGGCAUGCAAACACUGACGGAAGAGGUGUAUGUGAACUGCUAUUGGUCUCAGCUAGAGGGAGCUGUCUCAAAACUCCUGUCUCAAGAACCUGGAAAAUUCACGAGGCUAUCGUACGAACAAAUGUACAGUUGUGUGUACAAGUGUGUGUGUCAUCAAUAUUCCGAGCGAAUGUACAGAGAUCUUAGGAGAAUUAUCACCGGUUAUCUUCAGGAGAAAGCUGUAUAUCUACAGGUACUGCAACAGAUGUGCAAUGCAAGUGAAUACUGCAAACGUUUCCACACUGUAUUAAAGCAGUACACCCAAGCUCUUGGGGGAAUAGUGCCUAUCUUUACUUUUUUGAACAGAUUUUAUAUAACUCAGAAGCUGGGAACAGACCUGCGACCAGAACUGGAGAAAAUGUUUAUGCAGCACCUACAGACCCACAUAUUCAAAAUACUAGCUGUGCUUCAGGAAGCCCAAGCCAAACCUUUUUCAGUUGAUCCAUCCAUUGCCUCAGAUAUAGUCUGUGGACUGUAUGCCCUCCAGCCCGAUUAUGCAGAGUUGAACCCUGGCCUGUUUGCCAAGUACAUUCCCAGCAUCUUGCCACCUUGCACUGUAGAGAACCUGUCAGACUACAUUGAAGAGACGCACCAAAUGCAAAUAGAACUCCUGUCACAACAAGACUUCAACAGAGACAGCCAGACUCAAAAGAAGAGAAGUAACGAUGCAGAAGCAGUGGUCAGGUGACGCUGACCAUGUGACAUUUGUCAGGUGACAUAUCUGAAAUCAUCAGGUGAAGUCAUUAUACAUGCAUUGGUACACCGAUAGUCUUUCAUGUACAAAAUACAUUGUUGGUUUUUUUGUAAAAGAAAUCAGUGGUUUUAUUUUAGUUAGCAAUUACGUGUAUACCAAAUCAUUGGACUAAAAGUUAAAUUUUGGUAAUCAAUUCAAGAAGUGUUUUAUCAUUUUACUCAGGUAAUGGCAUGCAAACUUUAGAAAUGGCUAUUUAUUUCAAGUUCAGGACCAACAGAACACACUAAAAGAAAGAUUUGUAUAAGGAAAUUUAAGCCAGAUUUCAUAUUUUUUUUUAUCUUUUUAUUCACUACCAGGAUUGCAUUGUGUUGUGAGGCAGGAAAUAUAUUUAUAAAUUCUCUUUUUCUUCUUUUGCUUUUGUAAUUUGCUACAUCAGUUGUCAAACAGCUGUGUGUGCAAAAGGCAAAGUAUCACAACAUCAUAUACUAUACUAAAAGUAUUGAAGGAUCGAAAUAUCAGGCCAUCUAAUUUUUUUGAUUUGUAAUUUUAAGUCAAUCCAGUAAGCAGUUUGCAGCAGUUUUAUUCAUUUUUAAAAAAUGUUAAAUUACAAUUGCAAUCUUCCUGCUCAGUUUUGUAAUUAGGUUGUAAAUUAUUAUCAGGUUUUUAAUUCUUUUUUUUCUUUCAUUUUGUGAUAAAUUUGUCCAAACUACUUAAAAAAUAGGAUAGUGAGUCAUUCGUCAUGUUAGAUACACAUCUGUUUUGGUAAUAGGACCUAAUUUAAAUUCCGCAUCCUAGGACUGGAAAAAAUAUGUUGCAGCUAGUGGAAGUAGGACUUUUUACUGUCUUUGGGGUUUUUAAAUCAAUAUCAUGAUUUUUCAGUUGUAAAUUUGUUCUGUAUUUUUUGAGAAAAUUUGCAAAUACUGUACAAUAUAUCUAUUUCUUGAAUAUUUGUGAAUUAUUUGUGUGUCACAGAAUGUCCUGUGCAAAAAUUUCAAAGCAAAUCAGAUUUUAUACCUUGGAAAUUAAUAUUGUACAAUAAAGUAAAACAAAGACUUUUACAAAAA